AUGCAGACUGAACAUGAGGAUCUGACGCCCACCAGAAGCUCCAGUAAUCAGCAAACGUCCUCUGGUACUGUCAGCAUUAACACAUCUCUCAGUCCCACACAGGAAGAAGGAAACGUCUGCUCACAGUGUGGGAAGAGCUUCAGGUGCCUGAGUCAUCUCAAAAUACACCAGCGCAUUUACACAGGAGAGAAACCGUAUCAGUGCUCACAGUGUGGAAAGAGUUUUAAUGAACAGAGUAAGCUCAAAAUACACCAGCGCAUUCACACUGGAGAGAAACCGUAUCAGUGCUCACAGUGUGGAAAGAGUUUUAAUGAACAGAGUAAGCUCAAAAUACACCAGCGCAUUUACACAGGAGAGAAACCGUAUCAGUGCUCACAGUGUGGAAAGAGUUUUAAUGAACAGAGUAAGCUCAAAAUACACCAGCGCAUUCACACUGGAGAGAAACCAUAUCAGUGCUCACAGUGUGGGAAGAGUUUUAUUACACAGGGUAAUCUUAAAAUACACCAGCGCAUUCACACUGGAGAGAAACCGUAUCAGUGUUCACAGUGUGGCAAGAGUUUUAAUACAAAGAGUGAGCUUAAAAUACACCAGCGCAUUCACACUGGAGAGAAAUCGUAUCAGUGUUCACAGUGUGGAAAGAGUUUUAAUAGAAAGAGUGAGCUUAAAAUACACCAGCGCAUUCACACUGGAGAGAAACCGUAUCAGUGCUCACAGUGUGGGAAGAGUUUUAAUCAACAGGGUAAUCUCAAAAUACACCAGCACAUUCACACUGGAGAGAAACCGUAUCAGUGCUCACAGUGUGGAAAGAGUUUUAAUAGACAGAGUACUCUGAAAAGACACCAGCGUGUUCACACUGCAGAGAAACCGUAUCAGUGCUCACAGUGUGGAAAGAGUUUUAUUACAAAGAGUGAGCUUAAAGUACACCAGCACGUUCACACUGGAGAGAAACCGUAUCAGUGCUCACAGUGUGGGAAGAGUUUUAUUACACAAAGUAAUCUCAAUAAACACCAGCGCGUUCACACUGGAUAGAAACCGUAUCAGUGCGGAAAGAGUGUGGAAAGAGUAUCAGUGUGGAAAGAGUUUUAAUGAACAGAGUAAGCUCAAAAUACACCAGCGCAUUCACACUGGAGAGA